GUCUGAUCCGCGGACCCGGAGGAGUGCGGCGUGUGUGCGUGCGUGUGUCGAGCCGAGAUCACCGUGACACUGUGAAGACGAACGAGGUUUGAGCGGCAAGCGACCGGCCCGUGAAAAAUCAAGUGCCAAUUUCAAGGCCAUCCAAGAGGUUCCGUCCGUCAGCGCGACUCCGCACCAUGUCGCGCGUGCAGCAGGCCGCGCGCUGCGUGCUGCGGCUGCAGCAGGUCCCCGUGCGCGCGCGCUCCACCGCGGCGGUCGCCCAGGAUGCCGCCGCCGCCGAGGCCGUCACCAGCUGGGACACCGCCAGGUCGUACGCCGACAUCCCCGGGCCCAAGCCCCUGCCCGUCAUCGGCAACGCGUGGCGGUUCAUGCCGGUCGUCGGCAACCUCCACGGCCUCGGCUUCGACGAGCUGGUGGAGACCCUGCACGCCGAGUACGGCCCCGUGUGCAAGCUGAGCGGCAUGCCCAGGCCCGACCUGCUCUUCGUCAACGACGCCGACACCGUCCAGAGCGUGUUCCGGAACGAAGGCACGUGGCCCGGCCGCAAGGGCACGCACUGCAUCGAGCACUACUUCCGCGACGUCAGGGAGAACUACGUCCCCAGCUUGUCCGUUUCGCACGGCAAGGAGUGGCAGGAAUUCCGCACCGCCAUCAACCAGGUCAUGAUGCAGCCCCGCAACAUCGUGCAGUACGUGGAGCCCAUCGACAACGUGGCCCAGGACUUCAUCGACAGGAUGCGGCUGAUUCGGACGGCGGCCGGCAAAAUGCCCGCCAACUACACCCACGAGCUGGGCAAGUGGGCCCUGGAGUCCAUCUCGUACGUGGCCCUCGACACGCGGCUGGGCCUGCUGGAGAAGACCCUGGACCCCGCCUCGGACGCCGCCGUCAUGAUGACCGCCAUCUCGGGCGUGUUCGACGGCAUCUACGACCUGGACAUCAAGCCAUCGCUCUGGAAGUGGGUGGCCACGCCCGCCUACAAGAAGUUCAUCGGCAGCAUGAACGUGUUCACCGGGCUCUCGUCCAAGUACGUGGAGAAGGCGGUGACCCGCCUGAAGACCAUCUCGAAGGAAGACCUGGAGAAGAGCAACCGCAGCGUGCUGGAAAACCUGCUGCUCAACACUGAUGACCCCGACAAGGCCGUCUCCAUGGCCAUGGACAUGCUCCUCGCCGGCGUGGACACG